AUAAUUUGCAAAUCGGACGUGUUCCAGUUUGCAGAAAAGGCUACUAAAUAGUGCGCCAGAGAAGUACAGACUAUUCUGACCCUGCCUUAGGGUCCUUUUGCUCUGAACAAGUGCGCCACCCAAGACAAGCGCGCAAAAACACAACUGGCUUUCUGUCCUGCGGCUCGGAGCGCGUCAGGGGUUGACGCCGAUGACGUCUGCAUCGUUGGCACGUGGGCUGCGACGUUCCGAGCCCAUAAACAAAGGCACGUUGCGCUCGAGCGCCAGUCGCGUUAACGCCGGGGAGCGAGCACGCGCCGGGGACACUGUGCAAGCUUUCUUAUUUUUACAGUUCUUUCCGAGAUGGACAAAAAGCUUAGAACAUUUAGGAACGGAAAUUGAGGAGAGAAAAAUUAGGAGACGCGCCGGUGCAGCGAGCGAUCUGCAGCGAUUUCACGAGAACCCGAAUCAGCAGAGAUGCCCUGCGUGCAGGCUCAGUAUGGCACCUCUCCUCCAGGUGCCAGUCCUGCGUGUCAGAGCUACAGCUACAGCGAGUACAGCUGCGAUUUCCUCACGCCCGAGUUCGUCAAGUUCAGCAUGGACCUGACGAACGCGGAGCUCGCCGCCGCGUCUUCAUCGCUGCCCAGCUUCAGCACGUUCUCCGACUCAGCCGGCGGUGCUGCGAGCUACGAGGCCAAGCCGCCGUGCCUGUACCAGCUUCCCCACUGCGCCGAUCAUCUCUCGGUCAAGUCGGAGGAAGGAGCCGCGGCGCACGCUGGUUACGCGCACCACCACCACCACCAGCACCAGCACCAGCAGCCGCAGCAGCCGCAGCAGACGCAGCAGCAGCACGCAGAGGAUCCCGCCGUCGCCGCCGCCGCUGCCGCCGCUGCUGCGUCCUACUACAAACCGUGUCAUUCGGGCUUCGCUCCGGCGUGGGACGACGCAUCGUCUUUGCACGGCUUCCAUCCGAGCUACCUGAUGGAGCAGCAGCGCAAGAGCGCCGUGACGCGCUUCUUCUCGUUCAAGCCGUCCGCGUCGAGCGCGCACGUCUCCGCGUGUCACAUGCGCUUCGACGGCGCCGCGCAGCACGGAUUCGCGCCGCUGAGGAAGCAGCAGCAGCAGCAGCAGCAGCACGCACAACACCACAGCCUGGGAUUCGCGCAUCACAGCCUGCACAUCAGUCACGGGCGAGUCCUGAUGGAGAGCCCCGUGGUCUCUUCUUCUUCGUCUUCGUGCUCUCCGACUGCCACGCGUGGCCCCCCGCAUGGAGAGGGUCUGUGCGCGGUGUGCGGUGACAACGCGGCGUGUCAGCACUACGGCGUGCGCACGUGCGAAGGCUGCAAGGGAUUCUUCAAGCGCACGGUGCAGAAAAACGCCAAAUAUGUGUGUCUGGCGAACAAAAAUUGCCCCGUCGAUAAGCGGCGGAGGAACAGGUGCCAGUACUGCCGCUUUCAGAAGUGCCUCGUCGUCGGGAUGGUAAAAGAAGUGGUAAGAACGGACAGUUUAAAAGGUCGACGAGGUCGUCUCCCAUCCAAACCCAAAGGCCCCCAGGACGUCCCCGCCUCCUUAUCACCUGCCAAUCUCCUGAGCGCUCUGGUGAGGGCCCACAUGGACUCCAACCCCUCCGCAGGCCGCCUGGAUUACUCCAAAUUUCAGCCCAACCCGGACUACCACAGCGCCGGAGACGAGACCCUUCACAUCCAGCAGUUUUACGACCUCCUAAUGGGCUCCAUGAGCAUCAUCCGUGGCUGGGCGGAGAAAAUGCCUGGCUUCACCGAGCUCCCGAAAUGUGACCAGGAGCUGCUGUUUGAUUCUGCGUUCCUGGAGCUUUUCGUCUUGCGCUUGGCGUACAGAUCCAACCUGAUGGAGGACAAGCUGGUUUUCUGCAGCGGCGUCGUCUUGCACAGGAUGCAGUGCGUGCGAGCGUUCGGAGAGUGGAUCGACUCGAUCGCAGAGUUCUCCUCAAGCCUCCAGAGCAUGCGCAUAGACGUCCCGGCGUUCUCCUGCAUGGCUGCUCUCACGAUAAUCACAGAGAGGCACGGCCUCAAGGAGCCCAAAAAGACAGAGGAGCUUCAGAGUAAGAUUUUAACCUGCCUGAAGGAUCACGUGGCCUGCAGUGGCCAUCUGUCAAAACUGCUGGCCAAGUUGCCCGAGCUGCGCACGCUGUGCACGCAAGGACUUCAGCGCAUCUUUUACCUGAAGCUCGAAGACUUGGUUCCGACGCCCGCCAUCAUCGAGAAGCUCUUUCGUGACACAUUACCGUUCUGAGCACGUGGAACUUUAUCAGAGUUUUAUACGCUAUAACUCAAGCAAAGGAGAUUCUCUUCCACUCUCCUUGGACUAAAAGCGUCCACGAAGUCUGCGACACAACAGCGCAAGAGCUAAGAGCAGUUCUACGGAGUAGCUUUUUUUUUUUUUGCUCUUGUUGGGGAAAGGAAAUCAUCCUACCAGCUUGUUAAUCAUUUAUUUACCCCUUAAACCUCCAGACGUCGUCAUCGUAACUCCAUAACUGCAUACCUUUCACUAUAGUUUCACUGUAGUUACUCGAUAAUAUGCUUUAUAACGGAAUAAUAAGCUUGGAUUUGGGAUUUUAAGGGGUUAUUAAUGGAAAGUCACUGAUAAUACAAUAAUGCAGUUUAAAAAUAUCUAAGCUAUUGUUAUGCAUCUAUGCAUUUAUUGAUGGAGAGAGUACUAUCGUGGAAAAAACAGGCUUUUUUUUUUUUUAUUACACAGCAGAUUUGACUCAUUUAUCAUGCCAUAGUAAUGAUCAAAUAUGAAUUAUGUCAGGAAUGGAGAAAAAACAGAACAUUUUUUUUUUAUCAUGAAUUAAUUUAGGAGUCACAGACACUUUGGGUAAAUGUAACACUACACACAGUGGAGUCAUCACUACCUAUGCCUACAUUUUUUUUGGCAAGUAAACUGUUUCAUAUUGUUGUUUUUUUUCUUUGUUGUGGCGCAAAAACCUGUUUUUUCUCGCGAUAAUGUGAUCAUGUGAUAAUAUGAGCGCAGCUUUUGCGCCCCGGCGAUUUGAAGUCUUGGUGUCAUUUCAGUGGUUAAAAAAGUCAUAAUCACAGCAUGAAUAAGACAAAACGGUUUAUUUUCCUUCUCUGGAACAAAUAUUGGAUGCCAUCUGCCUUAUCUUAUCUCUCAGAAACUCUGAUUUAAAUAAAAAAAAGGCGACUAUGGAAACGCGGGUUUGCGUCGUUUGCGUUUCCGCCUGCAAACAAAAAGAAAGAAGGAAAGAAAGAAGGAAAGAAAGACAGAUGGAAAGAAAGACAGAACUCCCCAUACACAGACUUAUUUUUUUUUUUUGAAAUAGAUGACCUAUAUUUUGCUGUGUUUAUGAUUUAACAGUGUAUAAAGCUGCUCAUUUCUACCGCGCCGCUUUUUUACGCAUGGACAUGAGGAGCUCUUAAACCACUUUUCAUUUCAUAUUGAAAUAAUUCUUGAAUAAUAUUUUCUUUCUAGUUUAUCAUUAACAUCAUGCCGACUCGUUUUUUUUUAUUUUUUAUUUUUUAAAUGAUGUCAUUUCUGCAUCUCUGCAUUGUGUAUAUCUUAUAUAAAGGAAGCCGGUAUGAAUAUCAAUCUCUCGUGCUUUGCUAAAUAAACUUGUGAAUUAAUAUUCAC